AUGAACGAAUCCGUACUAGAUCAUCGUAUACAAUAAUUAAAUCGAUUUCCGGAUAAGCACGUCAUUCCACAAAACAUAAAACCGUGACAUACAUAAAAUCAUACUUAUUGUGCCAAAUCCGAAAAUAUUAUUCGGUGGUGUAUGUAGUAUAUACAUACGUACUUGAGAAUACUGCAAAUAUUUGUUUAGAUCCAAGUUGCUCAACAAAUGACAAAUUCUAAAGUUUCAUACCCUCACUUGAGUCUGGUAUACAUGGAGUAACACCUUUUCGAAGACAUUAAAAGUGACAAAGGAACGUAUCGAAGAUGUUGAAUUGUUAAGUGACAAACACUCAGGUUUUGUAUGGUGACACACAAAACAUGACAAGUACCUUGUUAAAACGAUAGGUAGACGAGUGAUAAACUGGGUUAAACUUCCAUGCAUUGCGCACAAUGUAUGUCUUUAAUUCUUUUUGCGAUACUUCUUCCAAACAGAGAGUGACGAUAAAAAAUAUUAAAUAGAAAUAUGAGGAUACGACGUUCGCGUUUUGCUGUCAAAUCAGUAUUAAUCUGCAUCGGUCUUACGUUUUUUUCGCUCGCACUAUUGACCAGGCAGCUCAGUCCUAAACUAAUUGUUCGUGAUCUCGGCUAUCUCACGAGACCAAUUUGGGACCGCCCUGGUCCUCAACCUCAAAUUUUGAUUCCGCACUUUCACGCUGAUAAUGUGUCAUUUCAAACCCUUUGUAAUCUGCACGGAUGGAGCCAGCUCGUCACCCCGACAGCCCCAAAAGUAAUCGAUGCUGUCAUCUUCAGUGUCGAGUUAGACAUUUUAGAAAUUCGAAUCAGGGAGUUAUGGGACGUUGUCGACAUCUUCUUAGUCAUGGAAGCAGAUCGCACGUUCACUGGAAAACCAAAACGUCUUUUUCUCCAUGAAAAUUUGUCUCGAUUUGACUGGGCGCAAGAAAAACUGCGCACAAUCGCACUUGUAUCUGGAGAACUAGAUGAACAUCCCAAAAAAGAAUUUGACAAUGAGGUCAAGAUGAGAAGGAAAAUGACAAAUGCCAUUCAAAAUCUUGACCCUAAACCCGGAGAUUUGAUAAUUGUUAGCGAUGUUGACGAGAUACCAUACAAAGAAACAAUCCAAUUAUUAAGAUCGUGUGUCGGAUUUCCCAAAGAGCUACAUCUUCAGAUGAGAAAUUACAUUUACUCUUUCGAGUUUUAUGUGGACUCAUCGAAUUGGAUACCUCAUGUCGAUAUUUAUGACUCAAAUUUUGGUUAUCAUCACAGCAAGGGUGCAGAGUCCAACCACACAUUGAUUGAUGCUGGGUGGCACUGCUCCUUCUGCUUUCGCUACUUGUCCGAUUUUGUGUUCAAGAUGACCUCAUACUCGCACCACGACCGUGUCACAGCGGAUCACCUGCUCGAGAGAGAGAAUAUCCAAAAGAAAAUAUGCGAUGGUGCCAAUAUAUUUGACAUGUUCCCUGAAGCCUACUCGUUCAGAGAGCUGUUUGCCUCGUUAGGAAAUGUGCCUCGGACGAUGAGUACCUUUGGAAUUCCGUCAAGUGUGAUGCAAUUUAGUGACAAAUUCAAAUUUCUCUUACCUGGAGGUUGUAUUCGAGAAGAUGCAACUUUGACCUGACCUUUGAGAAACUACGACCCAAAUCUAGCAUAUCACACUUUAUGCUAUUUUGGUCCGCCUUGUGAUAAAUCUUACGUGUCUAACAACAAGCAAAUCAUAAAAAAGUACGAAAUAAAUGAGCAACAUAUUUUAUCGCUUAA